CUGGAAAGACGAAGUGAGGCAUAUCUUUCGUUUACGACGAGUUUCUCGUUCACUUUGUUCAAGUCUGUUGGCGGAUCAGCAUAGACUUCAGUAAUUUCUCGAUUCAGUUUAUUUGAAAACUCAUAGAAAAUCAAAAUGGGUAAGGAGAAGAUUCAUAUUAAUAUUGUCGUUAUCGGACACGUCGAUUCUGGCAAGUCUACCACCACUGGUCAUUUGAUCUACAAGUGCGGUGGUAUCGACAAGCGUACAAUUGAGAAGUUCGAGAAGGAAGCUCAGGAAAUGGGCAAAGGUUCCUUCAAGUACGCCUGGGUUUUGGAUAAAUUGAAGGCCGAACGUGAGCGUGGUAUCACCAUCGAUAUCGCCUUGUGGAAGUUUGAGACCUCCAAAUACUACGUCACCAUCAUCGACGCCCCUGGCCACAGAGAUUUCAUUAAGAACAUGAUUACUGGUACAUCUCAGGCUGAUUGCGCUGUGUUGAUUGUCGCCGCUGGUACUGGUGAAUUUGAAGCCGGUAUCUCAAAGAACGGCCAGACUCGUGAGCAUGCUUUGCUUGCUUUCACUCUGGGUGUGAAACAAUUGAUCGUUGGUGUCAACAAGAUGGACUCUUCUGAACCACCAUACAGUGAGGCUCGUUAUGAGGAAAUCAAGAAGGAAGUUUCUUCAUACAUUAAGAAGAUUGGUUACAAUCCAGCUGCUGUUGCUUUCGUACCAAUCUCCGGCUGGCACGGUGAUAACAUGUUGGAAGCUUCCACCAACAUGCCAUGGUUCAAGGGAUGGAAGGUUGAACGUAAGGAAGGUAAUGCUGAAGGCAAGACCCUUAUCGAUGCUCUCGAUGCCAUCCUUCCCCCAAGUCGCCCAACCGACAAGGCUCUCCGUUUGCCAUUGCAGGAUGUUUACAAAAUUGGCGGUAUUGGUACAGUACCAGUCGGUCGUGUUGAAACUGGUGUGUUGAAACCCGGCAUGGUCGUCGUUUUCGCCCCAGCGAACAUCACCACUGAAGUUAAGUCUGUUGAAAUGCACCACGAAGCCCUGCCAGAAGCCGUACCCGGUGACAACGUAGGUUUCAACGUAAAGAACGUUUCCGUUAAGGAAUUGCGUCGUGGUUAUGUCGCUGGUGACUCAAAGGCUAGCCCUCCAAAGGGAGCUGCCGAUUUCACCGCCCAGGUUAUUGUAUUGAACCACCCUGGUCAAAUCGCCAACGGUUAUACUCCAGUGUUGGAUUGUCACACCGCUCACAUUGCCUGCAAAUUCGCUGAAAUCAAGGAGAAGGUUGACCGUCGUUCCGGUAAGACCACCGAAGAGAACCCCAAAUUCAUCAAGUCUGGUGAUGCUGCUAUCGUGAACUUGGUACCUACCAAGCCAUUGUGUGUGGAAUCAUUCCAGGAAUUCCCCCCAUUGGGUCGUUUCGCUGUACGUGAUAUGAGACAAACUGUCGCUGUCGGUGUCAUCAAGAGUGUGAACUUCAAGGAUGCCUCCGGUGGUAAGGUUACCAAAGCCGCUGAGAAGGCCACCAAGGGCAAGAAGUAGCUGCGUUAUAACGAAGAUAAAGACCAACAUUUAUUUAAUAUUAAUAGCACCAACAACAGCUUAAAUUCCAACUACGGUAUUAACGGUAGUCAAAACAUCAACAACAACAACAACAGCAAGAAAAACGGGACCGUGUUCCAACUGAAUCUAACAUUAAUGGUUAAUCAAAAGUUCCAUUGCUUCCAUCGUAAAGAGUUUCGUAGGAAACGAAUGUGUGCAUAAGGCGCUGUCUAAUUAGAUUUGAGGUGGAAACCAAACCACACAACGCACACAAUCCAUUUCUUACACAGAUAGCAAAUAAACAUACGAAACAUCUUUUUAAGCAAAACAGCAUUUGUAUCUUUAGUUUUAUUAUUACUUUUAAUGUUUAAUUAUUUGUUGGAAUUCAUUCCAUCUCUUCUCUGUAGCGUUUAAAGCACAAGAAAACUAUAUACGAACACUCAGAAACAUAAUAUAAAAGGAACCACUAUUUAAAACAAAAAAAUAAAACUAAAA